AUGCCGAAGAAUAAAGGUAAAGGAGGCAAAAAUAGACGCCGGGGUAAGAAUGAGAAUGACUGUGAGAAGAGAGAACUGGUGUUCAAAGAAGAGGGGCAGGAAUACGCGCAGGUCAUCAAGAUGCUGGGGAAAGGACUGCUGGAGGCGAUGUGCUUCGAUGGCGUGAAGCGGGUGUGUCACAUCCGCGGGAAGCUGCGCAAGAAGGUGUGGAUCAACGCCGCCGACAUCAUCCUGGUCGGCCUCCGCGACUACCAGGACAACAAGGCCGACGUGAUCCUCAGGUACAAUGCGGAAGAGGCGCGCAGCCUGAAGGAGUAUGGCGAGCUGCCCGAGCACGCGAAGAUCAACGAGACCGACAUCUUUGGCCCCACCUUUGGCCCCGGAGACGACGACGAAAUCCAGUUUGACGACAUCGGGGACGUCGACGACGACCUUAACUACCUGUGAGUCGAGGCCGCGCCGGCCUGGCAGGCU